GAACCCUCCAUUCUUCUAUUUUUGGAUCAACCAUUUCAGCCCCAUUACCUUUUUCUCUGCACUGAUGCAGCAAGCAACGGCAUUUUGACCCAGACUGGUUCAGAUAUCUCCAAGCUACUUGCUUGUGCCAUCCCGCGUCCAAAAACCAACCGUCCCUGAUCUUGGCAUCGGUUGAUUUUGUUUGACAAGGGCAUAGUCGUCGGGAGCUCCCCCGUACAAGUACCAACGGUGCUGCUCCCCUCAUCUCGGACCAGGUCAUCUACUACAUAUUUUUCGCGUCCCAUCCGCCACAGCACCACUCCUUCUCAACCGCGAGCCUGGGCCCUGCGUUUCUAUUUUGGAUUCGGCCAUCCAGCCUUUAAAGAGACCUUACCUUCCUUUCGGAUACACUUGUUUUUACUGUCGCCGGUCGUCAAACAAGCCAUAGCAUCACGCUCACACACACGCCCUCGGCGACGCUCACGAUCGCCGGCUAAGAGAUUCUUCAGUCACCGACCGUCUGCGCCCAGACGCACUGACUGGAGCUACAGCCAUCUCCGCCUGGAGACACUUCACCAGCCUAGACAGGCAUUUGUUUUUUUUCUUUCUCUCUUUUUGUUACACAUAGCGACCACCUUCGCGAUUAGUCUCCAAGAUGGGUCGCAGGAAGAUUGAAAUCAAGGCGAUAAAGGAUGACAGAAAUCGCUCUGUCACCUUUUUGAAGCGCAAGGGCGGUCUUUUCAAGAAGGCACACGAGCUUUCCGUCCUCUGCUCAGUAGAUGUCGCCGUCUUUAUCUUUGGUACAAACAAGAAGCUAUACGAAUACUCAUCGGGUGACAUGCGGGAGCUUAUUACGAGAUACACAUACCACGGCGGCGCAACCGAACACAAGGGCCCUUCUGACUUCAACGGUGGCGAUGACGAUGACGAUGAAGAGGGAGACGGUACGCCUCCUAUCGAUCAACCCAUGGAUGCGCACAUGAUGCCUCCCCAUUUCCAAGGCCAAGCACCCUUCCCACCGCACGUCAUGAGACAUUAUACACCUUCAGCCUCGCCUCCGAUACAAAACGGAGUUCCAUUCCCUCAGCAUGGACACGCCGUGCCUCGUGGCCACACACCGCAGCCCCAGAUGCUUUCUAGGCCUGGCUCUCGAAACGAUGUGCGACGAAUGGGCCAACCGAUGGGUCCCCAAGGAAGCCCACCAGUGAAUGGUUUCGGUUUUGGUCAACAGCAAAGCAUGUAUGGACCCCCGAAUACGACCAUGCCGCCUCAUAUGCCACCGCAGAUGGCUCCCGGGCCGCCGUUCCCCUACCCUCAGCACCCGCAACACCCACCGCACCCACAGCACCCACAGCAACCACACCAACCACACCAGCCUCAGAUGCAACCGCAGUUCAUUGAAGACGGGAGGCGCGCUACCAUGCCAGCCAGCUUUCCUCCUCACCCGCCACCACCACACGGACCAAUGGGCAUGCACAGGCAUUCUGUUUCUCCACCGCAACAGCAUCCUCACCAUGUUCCUCAGCUUCCUCCUCAGCAACCACCGCCACCACAGCAACACCCUCACUCGUCACCGCCACAGCCUCAACAUCAUCAGAUGCAGAGCCCGCCCGAGCCUAUGGUCAAGUUUGAGUCACCGCAGCAAAUCGAGCCACCGCAACAACAGCAAUCGGAGCCACAAGAGCCUCGUCCGGAGCAGCAGCAGCCGUCGCAAUCUCAGGAGUCCCAGUCGGAGCCUGCACGCUCGCUUCCUCCGCCACCACCCCCAUUGGAAGUCAAGACAGAGCUUGCACCGCCAGCGCAGCCCGGACGUAUUCCACAGCCAUCGCUAUUGGAUACUGCAGUAAAGAAGCUCCCGCGACAGAAGCAGCACAGCAUCUUCACGCCCAUCGACGAGAAUAGGUCUAUCCUCAGCCAACAUCUGGCAGCUUUCCACGCCGAGCCGAGCAAGUCGAAAUCCAGUCCUCCUCACCGUUCCUCGUCCGUUGACGAAAGUACAAGCAAUUCGAGCGAGGUGUCGCGCGGUAAAGACAAAGAUAUCGCUUCAUCUCCCCCGCUGUUGAAGCGGGCUGAUCCCCGUGCCUCUAUCUCAUCUGCAUCAUCAAACUCUGAAAGUGCACCCGCACCGCCCUCGCGGUCCAACAGUCUGCGAGCUGGUCCUCCACGACCUCGCCUCAAGGUGCAGAUUCCCGACGAACAGUCAGAGGAUGGCAGCGGGAGCGCUACAGCUGAGUCUGCUUCAUCGGCGCAAGGAGGCGCCUCAACAGAUGCCACUUCACAAUCGACGCGUCAAAACGACUCGCACUCAUCCACCAACAUGGUUCUGCCGCCGCCAUCACCAUCAGCCACAGCUCUGCUUUCGGCUGGUGCAACAGGCCCGCCAAACCCAUUUGCACCCAAGCGCCCACCUCAACACCCGGCUCCUGGUUUGCACAUAGACACACCAGUAUCUGCGUUGCCAUCCCGAUUCCUCAACAAUGAGUUUCUUCCCAGUCCUUCAAGCUUCUACCCAGACUGGAACUUCCGCGGUGGGGACAACAACACACUGCCCAGCCCGCUCAACUUUGCUACUCCUGUUGUCGGUACAGGGCCUAGCUUCCUGAGGGAUGAAGGUGCAGGCGGUGGUCUCAAGCGGAAGAGCCCCGACAACUUGAGCAUACACGGGCCAAUCUCGGACAACCCUCUUGAGGCUGGAAAUGAGCCAAAAAGGGUCAAGGUAGACUCUUGAUUUACAACUCGACUCUUUUGCUUAAGGUUAUCCUCCACUUUUCCCACUUCAAAUGUCUAUAUUCAUUAAACUCUUUUUACCCUACUCCGUUGAGAACAAUGACCGAUACGCAUAGAAUGAGAUCAACAGUUUGGCCUUGUUAGGGGCGGCGGCCUUUGUUCUCGCACAUAUACCACAUUCACGCUUUAUUUUUUUAUUCUUUUUUUUCAUGCUCUUAUUUCUUCUCUUUUCCUUAUCUUAUUCUUGUUUACACUGCUUUGUUUGAAGAAUCAUUAUUAGUGGCGUUGGAUGACUCGAAACAUUCGUUGGUUUUACUUCUGGGGGAGUUGGGGUGUGAAUCAACGAUGACAUACAAGAUUUCCUUCGUCAUCUCUUUUAUCUCAGUACGGCUGUUCUUUCUUUUUUUUGUUUUUUUGUCUUUUUUUCUUUCAUUUUCUCGAAAGGGAAAUAAGCAAAUGCAUUGCACGGGGAAACCGGUUCAGGAUACCAUUGGACGUUUGAGCCUGGGUGGGUUGGUUCUUUGUUGUUUUGGGAUCUCUUUACUUAUUAAUCUAGAGGCUUGGUGUGGAAUUUGUCUUUCAAAAUUUUUAUCAAUUUUUAGUUGCAAUGUUCAAGCUUGGUGUUGAU